AUGUGGCAGAAGGUGGGAAACGAUGUCAACUUCAAUUUUCUCGAUCGCUUCUACUCCAACCCAAAGAGGUUCGCCUACGAGUUUCAGAACUACGUCUUUCUCACAAGACUCAAGAUAAACCACCAGAGCUGGGAUGGUGCCAAGCCCCUGAGGCUACUGGAACGUUCAGUCUUCAGCGAUCGGCUGGUGUUUGUGCGCGCUGUGCACGAGGCAAAAUGGAUGGACGAUUUUCACUUGAAGCUGUAUGAUGCUUGGUUUCAGCCGUUUCUGCUUGAAGUGCCUGGGCUGGUGCCCGAUGGGUUCAUCUACCUGAGGGCGGAGCCAUCGACCUGCAUGGAGAGACUCAAGAGGAGGGCUCGUUCGGAGGAGGUCGGUUUGGACAUGAGCUAUCUGGAGGGCCUCCACGUGAAGCAUGAAGACUGGUUCUAUCAAGAGAAGCCGUCGAUCCACACGACAAGCAUUCUGGUCCCCAGCAGCCAGAGCUCGGAGGCGCACAUAAUGCGGGCACCAGAACCGCCGAACCUCCCGCCCCUGCCCAAGCUACUGGAAGGUUCUGUGAUCUGGCUGGGAAGGAAGGGGGUGCUGAGUGCCGAUCCGCCAAACGACCAGAACGACGUUCCGAACGAGGUGAAGGCGGCGAUCUCCUGUGUCCCUGCCCUGGUGCUGGACUGCAACGAUGAUUUUGAUGUGGAGCACGAUGUUGAAAGGAAGCGGCAGUAUGCCUCCACAGUGUCCGCAUAUUUUGACUAUGUGAAGGCGUGCAGGAGUGCGCGCAGAGCAGCCGGUUUGGGAGGCAGGGUAUUUUAUCGCCAGCAUGAGAGUGAACUCCUGCGGAGGAAAUGGGAUUUUGUGAAGCACACGCCAGCUGAGGUUCUCAACCAAUGGCAAAGGAGGGGAGUCGAAAAAGGCCAUAUGUGGGAUGAUGCAGCAGGAGUACUGCGCUCUUUGCCCAUCUCAGAUGCACGGGUGCGUGAGUUCGCAGCCAUGUAA